GACGGCAAUGGACGAUGGCUCAGCAAGCGGUGUGAGCGCACGUGGCUUAACGCUCACAACUGCAACACCAACAGCAACAACAAAAGACACGCAUGACCAUGUCGAUAGCACCAGUGGUGGUGCCAAUUCAGCCAACACCAACAGCGGCAACAACAACAACAAUGCACUGUAUCAAAGUAAUCUGAGUGAUUGCCAGAAUGUGAGCAGCAGUGGUGGCGGCACGACACGCGGCGGUAGCAGCGAGUUGAAUGCCACAUCUGUAGUCACGCCCGCCAUAACGCACAUCAAACAAUCGCCAAGUCCAAUGAGUAGCGGCGCUGCUGAGGCGACCGCGGUUGGUUUACAACAACAACAACAGCAGCAACGUCAUCAGCAACAACAUCAUCACCGACAAUCAGACGAAGUGCUGUUCGACGCCACGACCGCGUCAGCAAUUGUGACACAUCCCCACUCGACGAUAGCGGCGCUAGAUAUGCAACACCAGCAGCAGCAAGCGCAUGCUCAGCAGCAUCAUCAACUGCAACAGCAACAACAACAACAACACUUGCAAAGACUUGGCAGUUUAAGUAGCAUCAGCAACACACCUGCAACUGGCGCAGCAACAGCAGUCGACACUGUUUCAGGUAGCCGUGGUAGUGGUGGUGCCGGCGUCGGCCAUUCGGUCGGUGGCGAACGUCCGCCACCACCGCCGUACAGCAGCAGCGCUGCUGUCAUGGCUAACAAAGCUUUCCAUGCGGGCUCCUGUGCUGCGCACAGUAUGGAAGCGAUUAGCGGCGAUGAACCGCCAGUAGCGACGCAAACCUCACGUCUAACGGCUUAUGAGCAAUUUCUGAAAUUGUCUGCGCAAGAAUAUGCGACGACGACGUCCGAUAAUGUUUCAGUGCUCAAUUUGAGCAGCAUUGGCAAGGCGGUCGAUAGCGAUCUGAUGUUGCGACACGUCAAUGUGGCAGCGGCCAUGGCUGCAGCAGCAGUGGGGAGUGGCGGCGCGGCAGAAGGAAGCGGUGUUGGUGUCGCUGAUGGUUGUGAGCAUAAUUAAUUUGUUGUUUUUUGUUCGUUUGGGAAAAAGUUGCGUUCUUUAGUAAGUAGUUUGCAGACAGCGCGGCAAAAAGAGCGUCAAAUACGGAUGUAUGUGUGUGAGCUUCAUAUGGCGGUGUGUAUGAAGACAUUUGUAGGAAAAUUGUACCAGAAUUAGAUGUAGUUAUUUUGAGCUAUCGCGUGAGAGCAAAUGCGAAAAUUCGGAAAGUUAUUUCUUUUUGAAUUUGGGUGCAUUGGAAGCGCCAUUCCGUUUAGGUGAAUGAAUAGAGCUGUGCCACAACACUUUAUUUAAUUAGGGACAGUACGAUUUGUUCCGAUGCCGCCUGAAGGCUUAAAAUGCCCAUUAAUAUAAUUUAAGGCAAGCUGGUACCCACUGGAAUCAAUACUCUUAUUGAGCUUGGACAAUAUGGCUUGAGAUUUGCGGUGCAUUUCGAUAUUGGCUGCGUCCAUAAAUUGCCGAACUUUGUGUGUAUAGCAUUGAACUUCGGUUGAUAGAACAGGGAAAAGGGUUGGCAAUCAAGGCACAUUCAUUUAAGGUGGUGGCACUAGACCAACAACAAUGUGUUGUACGUUUCAUUGUCAAAGCAAAGUAUUGGUGAAGUAGAAACAAAGAAUGAAUUCGCCUUUCUUUCUGGGCUGACAGCCACAUGGGCACGGCGAAAGCAAAAAAAAAAACAAAUCAGCUGAUUUACCGAUAUCACCUUUAAUAGAUUUGCUUAGUUGCGCACGUCACUGAAUGAGUUGCUAUGCUGACAACAUUUUAGAAAUAGUUGAAAUUUUUUUAUUUUGCAAAAAAUUGUAUUGUUUCUACACGUGGUUGUGCAAGUAAGGAAUCAUUAAAAUUGGUUCAUUUUUGACUAAGUUAUGAGCAAUUAAAAAAAAUAUGUUCUUAUAUAAUUAAAAAAAUCGAUUUUUAGUCGAAAAACCAAAUUGCCGAUAAAUCUUGAAAAAAAAAAUUUUCGGGCGAACAAAAAAAUACGUGUCUCAUUAUUUUGACCGGAGAGCAACAUAUUUGAGUUACAUCGAAAUCGAAGAACAUGUCCCGAAUAGCCCGGUUGAAUUGAAAUGGAAAGCAUCAGUAACUAUUUUGGUCCGGUCUAGAACGCUGCAGAACUGCCAAGUGUUUUGUGCCCGAACAGAAAACUGUCAAACUUUCUACUAACUACAGGACUAACUAUCUCUAUCUCUGACUCUGUCUCUAUUCUUUCUUAUAUGUUUCUUUGAUGCUUUUCUCCUCCCCUCCUUGAUUAUCUACACUCUUUCCAGAGCUCUAAAUACAUUGGGCUUUAAGCCUGAGUGUUUUAGAAGCCACCAAAUCUCUUGGUGCUCCUUGGCUCGACCUAUUCAAAUUUCAAAAUUUCAAGGGGCAUUACAAGCCAUUCACUGAAUUUCCACAGCCAUGUAAUUUCUCCUCAUUUUGCAUGUUUUGUUAGUUUGUUGUGUAUGGGAAAGGGAGAUAACGUCAGACUUGUCCAAAUUGCGAAAAAUAAAGUAACUAUUUUCACAAGGCGCCACCUAUGGUUCUCAAUUCGCCUUGUCGAAGUUCAAAUAUGUACCUAUGCAUGAUUCAUACACCAUACACACACACAUACUUAUGCUUAAGUAAAGACGUACUGCUUGCCGCGCUGUCCAACAAGCCACAUUGUUGUAUUUGCAUAGGGCAGGCACACAGCUACACAUACAUAUACACAUGUACAUUUAUAUGAUCUCAAAGAAAAGCAAGCAAAAACAAACUUUUUUGUGUUGAAUUUCUUUAUAAACUUGAUUUUUUUUCUUCUAAACCCCAAAUGCAAUACAAGCAAAUGCGCAAAUGCCACUGACGCAAUGCAAUAAGGUAAAAGAAAACAAUUAUAAUUGUAAAAAAAUUAAAAAGUUACAAAAAAUUAAAAAGUUACAAAAAAACUAAAAAAAAAUACAAAUUUAAAAAAUAUAAAUUUAUAUAUAUGUAUGUAUAUUGUAAAUAAUUUUAAUUGUAAUUAAUUAAAUUUACUUUUGCGUUAAUGCAUAAAACGCAAAGCGGAAGUGAGUACAUAUCCACGCCAAUAGAGACCAGCAGCCGCGAAAUCAAAUAUGUAAAAAAAAAAAUAUUAAAAAAAAAACAGUUUUUUUAAGAUUUGACAAUAUGUUAAGAGUAAAAGAAGAAAAAUGGCCGACACUGCUGCUACUACUAAUACACACACACACACACACUCACAUGCAUGCACAUGCAUGUGCAUCAUUUCCCUACAAGACAGCUGACUAUCAUAUAAGCACUCAUAUUAUCAUCAUCACUAUCCUCAUCCAACUACACAUUUUUGUUCUAGCCAUGGGAAAGUUAGUUGAUAGUUUCCCCUUGUCGGUGUGAUAUUCUACAUAUCUCUCUUUUACCAAUAGCAAUUUUUUAUAAGUGAAAAAUAUAUCUACUAUGCUCUAAAGGCAAGGCAACUAAACAUUUUUAUUCUUACUAUGUAAUAACUGCUGACAACUAAACUCCUCAUUGUCGUCAUCACCAACUUCUCAGCACUAAUAAUCAUAUUUCUCGUUUUUGUUAUCAAAAAGUAAUCAGCGCUGAUGGGCCUAACUACUCAUUUUCGUCAUCAAAAAGUAAUCAGCACAAACUCCGCAAUAACUCCCCAUUUUCGUUAAAAAGUAAUCAAACUGAGGAUUUUCGUAAAAUUGUUUUAUUUAGAAAUUAUAAAAUUUAUAUUUUUGUGUUCUCAUCGAGAUUCGAACUCACGAAUUUUCAAAAUUUUUUUGUUUUCAUUAAAAAACUUUUACACACAAAUUCGGUGUCUCAUCCACGGAGAUCCGAGCUAACGAAUUUGCAACUUUUAGCCAAGCAUCUACUCAUUCGAGUAUGGCGACCUUACAACGACAACAGCCAAAUUUCACACUAGAACUUUUUUCAGAGCAACCAUAUUUUAUUGUAAAAAUCGUUAAAAUGAAUCAACACUGAUGACAAAAACUCCUCAUUUUUGUUAAAAUCGUUAAAAUUAAUCAACACUGAUGACAAAAACUCCCCAUUUGCGUUAAAAUUGUUAAAAUUAAUCAACACUGAUACCAAAAACUCCUCAUUUUCGUUAAAAUUAAUCAACACUGAUGACAAAAACUCCCCAUUUUCGUUAAAAUCGUAAAAAUAAUCAACACUGAUGACAAAACUCCUAAUUUUCGUUAAAAUCGUUAAAAUUAAUCAACACUGAUGACAAAAACUCCUCAUUUUCGUUAAAAUCGUUCAAAAGUAAUCGGACUAAGGAGUUUUUGUCAUCAUAAAAUGUUUUAUUUAGAAAUAUAUAAAAUUUAUAUUUUUUUGUUUUUAUAAGAAAACUUUUACAUAUCAAUUCGGUGUUUCAUCCAUGGAGUUUCGAACUUACGAAUUUUCAAGUUUUACCCAAGCAUCUACUCAUUUGGCUAUGGCGACCUUACAAUAACAGCAGCCAAAUUUCACACUAGAACUUUUUUCAGAGCAGUCACCUUAUAAGCAUACAAAUGAGUCGCCUUGGCGUUUAAAGUAUAGUAGUCACAAUAUAUUUUUCACUUAUAUAAAAUUGCUAUUGGUAAAAGAGAGAUAGAAUUCACACCGAACAGAGGAAAAGAAUAUCAAAUGAAAUAUUUGAUUUACCCAUUAAAAAAUGUUGCAUAUGCUACCGGGUUGCCCAUAUUCGACGGACCCAUGUGUUUUUUUUUUUAAAUCAAAGAAAAACACAUUUUUUUGAUGUUGACGAUAAUAAUCAUUUUAUCUGGUUCAAGUAGAUUUGUUGAGAUCACUUUUUGAAUAUGAUGUCUUUCAAAUGCCCGCCUUGAGCCUGUGCCCGUUUUGCAGCAUUUUCCAUAGUUUUAGCUAACAUUUCGGCUGGAAUAGCGGCUAUUUCCUCACGGAUGUUGUUCUUGAGCUCUUCUAUGGUCUUUGGAUUAUUAAUAUAAACCUUUGAUUUUAAAUAUCCCCACAAGAAGAAGUCAGGUGGCGUUAAAUCGAGCGAACGCGGUGGCCAGUCAAAAUCGCCAUUUUUCGACAUCAAACGACGAGGAAAAGAAAGAAUUUCUUCAAAUAAUCGAUUGUGGUGCGAGCUGUGUGUGGUGGAGCGCCGUCUUGUUGAAACCAGAACUGCCUCAUACGCUUUUCGACGAAUAAUUGGCAUCACAAAAGUGGUUAUCAUAUCGCGAUAACGCUCCUGAUUGACGGUAACAGCUUGACCAUCUUCAUUUUCGAAGAAAAACGGCCCAAUAUCCGUUUUCGCACUAACGCCUCACCAAACAGUGACUUUUUCGUCGUAAAGAGGUACCUCCUGAAUUUCGUGAGGAUUUUCAGUGGCGUAAAUAUGGCAAUUUUGCUUGUUUACCGUCCCAUUCAAUAAGAAAUGAGCCUCAUCGGAUAUGAUGAUUUUGUUCCAAAAUUGCUCGUCAUCUUCAGCCAUUUCGAUGACUCUUUGGGCCCAUUCCAAUUGACGAGGCUUGUCCGCAGGCAACAAUCUUUGCGUCAAUUGAAUCUUAUACAGGAAUAAAUGCGGAUAAUUCGUUGUAAAGUGGUCCGAGCAAUGUCCAACUGCUGAGAAUGGCGAUUUUGGGAUGUCCUUGGCGACGUCUCAACACUGGCCCGUACAAGAGCAAUAUUCUCAUCCGAUCGCCUUGGUCGGUUUUGAUUUGGCCUCUUUGGAUUAGAAAGAGCAUCACCCGUCGAAAACCGUACGUACAAACGUUUAAUGGUGUUCUUAGAAGGCGUACUUUUUACAUUAUAUAAUUUUUUAUACGCACGUUGAGUUUACACAAUUGAUUUCUUUUGUUGAAUGUAAAUUUCAACAAUUUGGGAGCGCUCGCGUGACGUGUACUGUUCCAUGGUAAAAAUCUGCUUGGACUGACGCUUCCAACGCAGUAUGUCAUUAAGCGAUCUGACGUCUCUGUCAAAAGAUACAGGGUUGCCAGAUAGGUCCGUCGAAUAUGGGCAACCCGUAUUCUGAUAAUGCGCCUGCAUUAGAGACUAAUAAAAUACUUGUAAAUGUGUUGGAAUUUUUGUCAAAAGUGCUCAGCACUGUCUUGUAGGGUUGGUGUGCCAACACAAACACACACCCACACAUAGACACAUACAUAGGCGCCUAGUGCAUAGUGAAAUAAAGAGAAAUUUUUGUCUUUCGCUUUUUUUUCCUAGUUUUACGUACUUUUAUGAUUAUUACGUUGGCUCCAACAAACAAACAAACAUGCAAACAUGCAAACAUAUAUUUUAUGGUGUAUACUGACUUACAAAUAUUGCUCUUAAUAUUUUACGGUUGUAUGUUUGUACGUGAAUGUACAUUUUUUUAUUUGCAAAAUAUAUUUACGUGUAAGUACGCAUACAUUUACGCAUAGUUUUAGUGUUCUAAGCAAUAUUUUUUGCAAUUUUUUUUAUAUAAAUACAUACUUACAUACAUAAAUGUACAUUUCUCGUUUUUAUAUAUAAAUGCGUUUUUUGUUUUUUUUUUCGUUUGUUUUUGUUUUACCAUAUUUUUAAUAUUUUAAUACUUUUAAGAUUACAAAUCUUAUUUUUAUGGCGAUCGAUUAAUUUUAAAUGCGUGCAUUGCUUUUUCUACAUACACGAAAAACUUAAAUUAAUUACAAAACAAACAACAACAAAUUUAAAUAUAAAAAAUAUGUACCAUUCGUACGUUUUGUAUGUGUAAUUUAAAUUAAACUUUUUAAAUUUAAUACUAAGAUUAAAAAUGAUGUUCGUUGUAAUUAAUUGUUAAGUGCUAUUUGUGCGUAAAUUUAAUAAAUUAAUUAACAAAAAACAAAAACAAAUAUGUAUACAUAAAACUAACUGCUGUAAAAUAUUAAUAAUACAACAACAACAAACAAAACAAAUUAAUAAGUAAUAACUUUUUUUUUAAAUUAUGCUUCAAAUUUUGCAUGAAAAAGUAAGAAAAUGCUGAAAUUAUUUUGAAAAAAGAAAAACAAAAUACACAAAAAAAAAUUCAUGCAAAGUGAAUUGAACCAUCCACCGUUAAUGAAAUGCGAACUCUAUUCAAUUUAAUAAUUUUAAUACGAAAAAUAACUUAAUUGUGUAAGUGUAAAAGCAAAGGAAUACGUGAAAUGUGAAAAAAACUAAUAGCGAAAAUAAGCAAAAUUAUUGAAAACUAAUUAAAGAAAAUAUAAACAAAGAUAAGUAAAAAUUAUCAACAAAAUGUUGAAGUUGUAUUUUAAAUAAUUAACAAAUAAUUGUAAAGUAUUUUUGUUGAUAUUAAGUGACUUUUAGCUGAGAAAAGGAAGAAGAAGAAGCAAAAAACAAAACACGAAAUCGAAAACGAUUCAGAAUAUGUUAAUAAAAAUGUACUAAUAGUAAGUUAAUUAAGUUAUUGAAAUGAGAAACGAAAAAAAAAAAACAAAAAAUUUAUUUCAAAGAAAAAAGAUAAAAAAUCAUAAACACGCAGCAAGGCAAUUACACGUAUGCUUAUGUAUUAGUGAGCAUAAACACAUUUUCAAGCAGAAAAAAUAGUGAAGGAAAUCAUGGAAUUUUUUAUGCUUAAAUUCUCUUAAUCGAGCAAAUCAUGGUAUUUUUUUUUAUUCUACAAUUUUUUUAUCCAGGAAAUAAUGGUAUUUCUUUUUUUCUUUUUGUUCCUUAAAUUCUUUUAAUCGAGUUUUAACAACAACAAAGUGCAAGCAUUUCACUUCAACCGAAUAUAUUGAUAUAAUAAUUUCUUUAGGGUAUAUAAUAAAAUCUUUUAGGGUUUUUCAGUAAGAGCGCUUCAACUUUUGAACUUUUUUGAAUAAAACACAAACGGUUUGACUUUUUUAACUAAUUUUUUUUUUAUUAUCGAGUUUGAACAUAUACAUUUAAGUAUGAAGCGUUCAAUAUUGGCUCUGAGCUCACAAAUCGUCGCCGGCUUGUUACCGUAGACCAAUGACUUCACAUAACCCCAAAACGGGACGGCUUGUUAAAUGGACCGUAAAAUGGCCGUAAUGCUCUUAAAGUAGCAGCAACAGAACGAUUAUUUUCAUAAAAAAUGUGCACGAUUUGCAAUCGUUGCUCAAGUGUGUAGCGUUCCAUGAUGAAAUGUAUACCAAUGAAGUUUACAAAUGACAAGCGAAAAAUAAAAAAUAUUGCGUCGUUCGCCCUCCCUAUCGGAAAAAAGUUGAAGCGCACCUAUUGAAUAACCAAUACCUAAAAUGAUGAAAUGAUUUUCAACGAUAAGCGCGCGAAUUAUAAAGGGUGGCUAAGUUUCGAGGGCCGCUGUUGAUUUGGAAUAAAAUACAAUUUUUUUUAAGAAAUUGUUGUCAUUUCUCCUUAUUAUGAUAAUAUUGGUAUGACUCAAUUACGCAUGGAACAAAAUAUCGGCCAAUUGGCCGCCACUGCCUCGGCGGCACACCUUCAUCCGAUGCUCCAAAUUUUCGAUGACGCUAAGGCAUAAUUGAGGUUCUAUGCCGUUAAUGUGCCGAAUUAUCUCAUCCUUUAGCUCUUGAAUUGUUGCUGGCUUAUCGAUGUAGACCUUUUCUUUCAAAUAACCCCAAAGAAAGAAGUCCAACGGUGUCAAAUCACAUGAUCUUGGCGGCCAAUUGACAUCGCCGCGACGUGAUUAUUAUUCGGCCAUCAAAUUUUUCGCGAAAAAGAGCCAUUGUUUCGUUAGCUGUGUGGCAAGUGGCCUCGUUCUGUUGAAACCACAUAUCGUCCACAUUCAUAUCUUCCAAUUCGGGUUAUAAAAAGUCCGUUAUCAUCUCACGAUAGCGAACACUAUUCACAGUAACUGCCUAUUUUGCCUAUUUUGGAAAAAAAUACGGCCCAAUGAUGCCGCCGGCCCAUAAACCGCACCAAACAGUCACUCUUUGUGGGUACAUUGGUUUUUCGGCAAUCUCUCUUGGAUUAUCAUUCGCCCUAAUGCGGCAAUUCUGCUUAUUGACGAAUCCACUGAUGUGGCGGUGCAUUGUCAUCAAGAAAAAUUACUUUGUGACACCGAUCGGCAUAUUCCGGGCGUUUUCGGUGUAUAGCGCUGUUCAAAUCGGCCAAUUGUCUUUGGUAGCGUGCACCGUCAACUGUUUGACCUGGUUUUAAUAGCUCGUACCAAAUCAUACCACGCUGAUCCCAGACAACUCACAGCAUUGCCUUGCGGCCGAAGCGAUUUGGUUUGGCUGUUGUUUUUGGCUUGUGGCCGGGUGGACCAUACGAUCGUUUACGCUUGGGAUUGGACAAAUACAUCCAUUUUUCAUCACCCGUAACGAUUCGAUGCAAAAAAGACUUCCUUUUGAACCGGGAGAGCAGCAUUUCACAAGUGGUUUUUCGGUUCUCUUGCUGCCUUUCAGUCAGUUCAUGUGGCACCCAUCUUCCGACCUUCAUCCAACAAUUCUGCGUCCUCAAACUUUUUCGGUGGCCGGCCACGGCCCUCGUUCUCCUUGCUAAAAUCACCACUUCGGAAUUUUUCAAACCACCUGAAGCACUGUGCUCUACUUAGAGCAUGUCCAUCAUGCUUAUAGAAGGCAUUUGAUGAGCUUGAGAAGCGUUUUUCUUCAAUUGAUAACAGAAAAUCAACGAUGUCCGCAAAUCGUUGUUUGAAGGCACGAAAUUCGACAUUUUUAAGAGGGACAAAAAUGCUUUGUUGUAUGAAAAGUAACAAACAAUGAACUGAAUAUUGUUGACAGAUGUUGAAGGUUUAAAAAUACUCCUAGCGACAUCUAUGGACUAAUAGUUAAAAGUCUCAUUUCAUAGGUAUAUAUAUGCAUUAGGGUAAUUUGAAAAGUCCGAACAAAAACAAAAACAACUUCAUUGUUUGUGGUAAACCUCUUUUAUUUUUCGACAUAGUCUGGCUUAUACACUUCUUCCAACGCCGUUUUAAUUUGUUGAUCCCUUCCGGCAUUAAAAUUCCCCAACAUUUUUGUUUUUUCUUGAUGCCACCCCUAAAUUUUCUUUUAUGUAAAAAAUUAUACUCCUGUUUUUUAUUUCUUUUUUAUUAAAUUUCCUAUUUUUUUAAUUUAAUUUUUUAUUUUGUUUUACUUUCUUUAUUUUUCUUUAAUUUUUAUUUUUCUGUUAAUUUCUUAAUUUUUUAAUUUAAUUUUUUUAUUUUUUUUUUUAUUUAAAUUUUUUAUUUCUUUUUUUUUUAUUUAAUAUUUUCUCGUACUAUCAACCCUUCGAAAAUUCACGCACUUGGGGAAAAAUCCACUUUUCCCUAAAUUUGGCAUUAGAUGUUUACAGAUCGAUAUCUCCGCUUUAAGUUUCCCUUCACAAAUGUCCAAAAUAUGAUUCCAAUAUAAUAAAAAAAGAUAAAAGAUAGUUUUUUUUUAUAAUUUGUAACAUUUUGGGGGAUACCUAUUAAAAUAUUAUUUAAUGUCCCCUUUUAAUUUGAUUAACUUAGCUUAAAAAAGGGCCCACUCUAAUACAAAAGCAUUCGUGAAUUGCCAAUCUAAAAAAUUAUGUGACCAUAAAUAAUGAAACUAAAAAAAACAAUCAUUUGCGCCAAUUUCGUUGCAACAGAAAAAAAAAACUUCUAAAAUCAGCUAAAAAUUCUGAAGUGUUGUAAAAUUUGUAAAACCUUUCGGUUGAAAACUGAGUUUAAUAUUUCAAUAAACAAGAAAAGCAAACAAGAAAAUUCUAAUUCAAUCAAAGAAAUAAAUUCGAAUACAAAAACUUUAUAUUUAAACCCAUUUAACUUAACGAAAUUCCGAAAUUUGGAAAUUUGGAAAUUUGGCAGGUUAUCUGAAAUAAUGUUAAAUUUUCAAUGAACGAACCUUAAACUUUGCAAAAUUCCAGAAGCCUAAAAAUUCUAAAUAACUUCCGUAAAAUUUUCAUUUUCAUUUUUUGUAAGCAGCGUGCAAAUUUUCAGUAACACAAAAAAAACAACAAUAAAAACGUUAAUGCAGUUGAAGCACAUAGAAAUAAUAAAUAAGCGCAAACCAUAAAUCAAAUACAGACAGACAUACAGCAACAAAAAAAAACAACAAUAACUUUAAAGAAAA